AUGUUAUCGUGCAUUAUUAUUCUGAUUAUUUAUUUAUCUAUAAAUUCUGUUUUAUCAGCACUUAAUAAUCAAACAAAGCCUAUUAAUGCAUUGAAUAUUGAUGUAAACUAUGCAGAAAAUUAUACAAUUAUUUUAUCAUACAAUUUAACAACAAAUUAUUCUUAUUUUAUUACAUUUCGUUCAUUUGGACAUAGACAAAUAAAAUAUGGCUUAUUUUUACCAACAAAUAGAUCAGAAGAAAACUCCAUUGAAAUAUUUUAUCAAUAUCACACAACAGAAUUAUUUAUUGUUUGUUUUCAUUUUAUUCUUCCAGCCAAUGGCCUUGAUAUUAAAUGUGAAGAUCUUCGCGUAGUAAAUGGUGAUCAAAUAAAUUCUAAUGGAGAAAAAGAAUUUCUUCCAUCAUAUAAUCCAUUAUUUGUACCGAUGAUGUACGCACUGAGUAUUUUAAUGCUUCUGCCUGUUAUUAUUCAACACCAUCGUCAGAAAAAGACGGAAUUAUUACGACGACAAAAACAUUUAAGACAUUUAUCAGUAUCACUCGUACAAGAUGAUCCAAAUUUAACAAAAAAUAUAUUAUCUGGAAUGGUCAAAAAUGGGAGGGUUAAUUAUGAAAAUAUCCCAAUAGAUAUUGAAUUACUUUCAUUGCCGUCAACAAGAACAAUGCUUGAUGAUUUAGAUGAUGAUACAAAUGCAACAUUUACAAUACGAAAACACAAUUCAUUUAUAGAGAAAUAUGAUGAUUAUGAUAUCGAUAGACAAACAGAUGUUGAUGCUCAUGAUUGUAUUGCACAUCUUUUAGAUAGUACACCGUGGACAACGCUAGAUAUAAACGAACCACUUAGUACUAGUUCAUGUAAGCAUCCAGUUAUUCGCGAUUCUGCUAUAGCCAUUAAAGAACAACAUGUUCCAACCAUAGUCCAUUUUCGUAAUGAUAAUGAUUGCAGCCGAAAACUUACCGUAGAAUCGAAUAAAUAUUCUUCAUUGAAUGUAUCUCUAAUAAAUCCAAUGUUUUUUGAAUCAGACGUAUAA